ACGCAAGUACUCCUUUUCUCCUUUGUAAGCUUAUCUUCUCUGCAACAAGCGGCCGGGAAGGGAGGAGAAAAAAUGGUUUCGCUAAAGCUCCAGAAGCGGCUCGCCGCCAGUGUCCUCAAGUGCGGGAAAGGCAAGGUCUGGCUCGAUCCCAAUGAGGUCAACGAAAUCUCCAUGGCGAACUCUCGCCAAAAUAUUAGGAAGUUGGUCAAGGAUGGUUUCGUCAUCAGGAAGCCAACCAAGAUCCACUCCCGUUCUCGAGCACGCCGUAUGAAAGAGGCUAAGAGAAAGGGUCGACACUCUGGAUAUGGUAAGAGAAAGGGUACCAGGGAGGCAAGGUUGCCGACCAAGAUCCUCUGGAUGCGGAGAAUGCGUGUUCUCAGGAGAUUGCUCNUUUUUUUUUUUUUUUUAAUUUUAAUUUUAAUUUUGUUUUUGGGUCGAGGCCCACAAUAA